UGACUGAGGCCAAACAGGAAAUGGGGGUUUCCACGUUGUUGUCAAUGACAACUCUGUUUCUGGAGAUAUUGCUGCUUCUUCCUCUGCUCUCAAAUGCAGUGGAUCUCUCUCCUCCAUUUCCCACUAACUUUCUCUUUGGGACUGCUUCUUCUUCUUACCAGUAUGAAGGUGCUUAUAACAGUGAUGGCAAGGGACAAAGUAAUUGGGAUAACUUCACUCACGGAGGUAGAGGCAUAAUAGUCGAUGGAAGUAACGGGGAUAUCGCUGUUGACCAUUAUCAUCGAUACCAGGAGGAUAUAAAUCUAUUGGAAGAUUUGGAAGUAAAUAGCCACCGGCUCUCCAUAUCAUGGGCAAGAAUUCUACCAAAGGGUAGAUUUGGAGAGGUCAAUUGGGCUGGUAUAGACUUCUAUAACAAACUACUUGAUGCCUUGAUGCUCAAAGGUAUCCAACCCUUUGUUACUCUAAGUCACUAUGACAUCCCACAAGAACUAGAAGACAGAUAUGGGGGGUUGCUAAGUCCCCAAUCACAGGAUGAUUUUGCAUUUUAUGCGGACCUAUGUUUUAAAACAUUUGGUGAUAGAGUAAAGUUCUGGAUCACAUUCAACGAACCAAAUUACCUAGCAUCACUCGGAUACCGUUCCGGUCUGUUUCCUCCACGUCGUUGCUCUGGUUCAUUGGCAAUUGUAACCUGCAACGAAGGAGAUUCUGAAAAGGAGCCCUUUGUAGCAGCCCAUAAUAUUAUCCUGUCACAUGCAGCUGCAGUUGAUAUCUAUAGAACCAAAUACCAGGCUGAGCAGAAAGGAAGAAUUGGAAUAGUGAUUUCACAUGAAUGGUAUGAACCAAUGAGCAACUCUAAUGCUGACAAAUUGGCUGCUGAAAGAGCAAGAUCAUUCACCUUCAAUUGGAUUUUGGACCCAAUCAUAUUUGGUAAAUACCCUAAAGAGAUGGAGAACGUUCUUGGAAGCCUCUUACCUAAAUUUUCUUCCAAUGAAAAAAAGAAACUCAUGAAAGGAUUGGAUUUUAUUGGCAUCAAUUACUACACAUCUUUCUAUGUCCAAGAUUGCAUAUACACCAAGUGUGAUUCUAGAUCUGGGACUUCAAGAACAGAAGGUUCAUACAUGACAAGUGGAUACAGAAAUGGUGUCUCCAUAGGAGAAGCUACUCCAUUUACCUGGUUUAACAUUUAUCCACAAGGCAUGGAGAAAACUGUUACAUAUGUGAAAGAUAGGUACAACAAUACUCCAAUGUUCAUAACUGAAAAUGGGUAUGGCCAACAAGAUGAUCAAAAUCUCACUUUGGAAGAUCAACUUAAUGAUUUUAAGAGAAUAAAGUACAUGAAAAGUCACAUAGAGGCCUUGUCAACAGCAAUAAGGAAAGGAGCAGAUGUGAGGGGAUACUUUGCAUGGUCCUUGCUUGAUAACUUUGAGUGGAUAUAUGGAUACACAGUAAGAUAUGGAUUCCACCAUGUGGAUUAUGCUACACUGAAGAGAACUCCAAGGUUAUCAGCAAGCUGGUACAAGCAAUUCAUUGUGAAUUAUAAACAAACUGAAUUCACUGGGGUACAAAAACUGGUGCAAAGUACAUGAGACAAAUUCAAUGCAAAGCCUUCUCAGCUAUAUAUGUAAAAGUUUUGUUAUUUCUCUUUGAUAAAAUUGACAGGAUCUCAUCUAUAUAAUCUUAUGAUCUCUUGAAAAAUAUCAAUAAAGGUGUUAGUUGAUCAUAUA